AUGGACCCUCCUGGGCCCUUCAUGCCUCAGGAAGGCGAGAACCCUCCAGAAGUCGGGCCUUCCGCAGACAGCUCUGAGCUGGUGCAGGCAUGUCUACAGCAGUUCCUGGUGACCGGUGCCCAGCUGCGACAGAUCCAGACCGCCCUCCGGAGCUCCAUGGACCAGGCGCUGAGGGGCCCAGCCAGCCCGACCCCUGCUGUGCGCAUGCUCCCCACCUACGUGGGCUCCAUCCCGCAUGGCACUGAACAAGGCGACUUCGUGGUGCUGGAGCUGGGGGCCACAGGCGCCUCCCUCCGUGUUCUCUGGGUGACCCUGACGGGCACCGAGUGGCCCAGGAUGAAGCCCCGGAGUCAAGAGUUCAUCAUUCCCCCAGAGGUGAUGCAGGGGCCCGGCCAGCAGCUCUUUGACUUUGCUACCUGCUGCCUGGCGGAGUUCCUGGACGCGCUCCCUGAAGUCCAGCAUAAGCUGCAACUGGGGUUCAGCUUCUCUUUCCCCUGUCAUCAGACAGGCCUUGACCAGAGCACCCUCAUUUCCUGGACCAAGGGUUUCCGGUGCAGCGGUGUGGAAGGCCAAGAUGUGGUCCAGCUACUGAGGGAAGCUAUCGAGCGGCAGGACCUGGCACGCCGUGUGGAAGUGGUCGCUGUGGUCAACGACACGGUGGGCACCAUGAUGGGCUGUGAGCGGGGGGUCGGGCCCUGUGAAAUUGGGCUUGUUGUAGACACAGGCACCAAUGCCUGCUACAUGGAGGAAGCUGGUCACGUGUCCACACUGGACGAAGACCGGGGCCGCGUGUGCAUCAGCGUUGAGUGGGGUUCCUUCAGCCAGGACGGGGUGCUGACCCCCUUGUUCACCCCCUUCGACCACACCCUGGACUUGGAGUCUCUGAACCCCGGGACCCAAAGAUUUGAGAAGAUGAUCGGAGGUCUGUACCUGGGGGAGCUGGUACGGCUGGUGCUGGUGCAUUUGACUCAGGCGGGGGUCCUGUUUGGCGGCCAAGCCUCCCCAGCUCUGCUGAACCUCGGCAGCUUCCGGCUGGAGGACUUGGCGGAGAUGGAGGCCCCCUCGGCAGGGGAGCCCCGCGUGCGCGCCGUCCUGCAGCGCUUGGGCCUGAGCGUGGGAGCGGCGGAUGCGUCGCGGGUGCAGCGCGUGUGUGCGGUGGUGUGCGCGCGGGCGGCCCGGCUCUGCGCCGCAGCCCUCGCCGCUGUCCUCUCCCGCCUCCAGCACAGCCGCGAGCAGCCGAGCCUCCAGCUCGCCGUAGCCACGGGAGGCCGAGUGUUCGAGCAACUGCCCAGCUUCCUCCGGAUCCUGCAGGAGACCGUGGGGCUCCUGGUCCCCGAGUGCGAUGUCUCUUUCCACCGCUCUCUGGACGGCGGCGGCCAGGGGGUGGCGAUGGUGACGGCGGUGGCUGCCCGCCUGGCCGCCCACCGGAGUCUGCUGGCCUCCACCCUGGCACCUUUCCAGCUGAAUCGAGAGCAGCUGGCAGCUGUGCAGGCGCAGAUGCGCGAGGCCAUGGUCAGGGGGCUCCAAGGGAAGGCCUCCUCCCUCCGCAUGCUCCCCACUUACGUCAGGGCCACACCUGAUGGCAGCGAGCGUGGGGACUUCCUGGCCCUGGACCUUGGGGGUACCCACUUCCGGGUCCUCCUGGUGCGCCUGGCAGCGGGGAGCGUUCGGAUCACCAAUGAGGUCUAUUCCAUCCCGGAGUGUGUGGCCCAGGGCUCAGGACAGCAGCUCUUCGACCACAUCGUUGACUGCAUCGUGGACUUUCAGCAGCAGUGGGGCCUGAGUGGGCAGAGCCUCCCGCUGGGUUUCACUUUUUCCUUCCCCUGCAGGCAGCUGGGCCUGGACCAGGGCAUCCUCCUGAACUGGACCAAGGGUUUUAAGGCUUCAGACUGUGAGGGCCACGAUGUGGUGCGUCUACUGCGGGAAGCCAUAGGACGCAGACAGGGAGUGGAGCUGAAUGUGGUCGCCAUUGUCAAUGACACAGUGGGGACCAUGAUGUCCUGCGGCUACGAGGACCCUCGCUGCGAGGUUGGCCUCAUUGUCGGGACGGGCACCAAUGUUUGUUAUAUGGAAGAACUUCAGAACGUGGCGGGCGCCUUCGGGAACUCGGGCCACAUGUGCAUUAAUAUGGAAUGGGGCGCCUUUGGGGAUGAUGGGUCCCUGGACGCGCUCAGCACCCGCUUCGACGCGGACGUGGACCAGGCCUCCAUCAACCCCGGCAAGCAGAGGUUUGAGAAGAUGAUCAGCGGCAUGUACCUGGGGGAGAUCGUCCGCCACAUCCUCCUGCAUUUAACCAGCCUUGGGGUUCUCUUCCGGGGCCGGGAGACCCAGCGCCUUCAGGCCCGAGACAUUUUCAAGACCCAGUUUCUCUCGGAGAUUGAAAGCGACAGCUUGGCCCUGAGACAGGUCCGCUCCAUCCUGGAGGACCUGGGGCUGGACCUGACCUCCGAUGACGCCCUGAUGGUGCUCGAGGUGUGUCAGGCUGUGUCUCAGCGGGCCGCCCAGCUCUGCGGGGCCGGCGUAGCCGCCGUGGUGGAGAAGAUCCGUGAGAACCGUGGCCUGGACAGGCUGGCCGUGUCGGUGGGCGUGGACGGGACCCUGUACAAGAUGCACCCCCACUUCUCCAGCCUGGUGGCGGCCACCGUGCGCGAGCUGGCACCUCGCUGCCAAGUCACUUUCCUGCAAUCGGAAGACGGGUCUGGCAAAGGGGCGGCCCUGGUCACUGCUGUCGCCUGCCGCCUUGCCUCGACCGCCCGGGCCUGAAGAAAUCGCCAGGA